AUGACAGAUCGGGAUUUAGGGGAAUUACCGUCAAAGGCAGCAUAUCAACAUUUUGAACCUACAUGGCAACCAUGUAAUAAUAAUAGUUCCUGGAAAGAAAAAAUAAAGGAGAAAUUAGAAAAUAAAUUGAAGAGCCCUGAUGAUAUUGAAAGUCUUGCUGCUAAGAUUGCGCAUGCCAUGUGCUACAUAUCUGAAGGAGGGGCAGGGAGGUCUUCAUACCUCAAUCCAUAUUGUAUUCCAUUUUGUUAUUGGUUAGGAGAUUUAAUAAUAAAAAAUUUGACAGAUAGCAGUUCAUUUUUAAGUGUUAUGGAAGAAAUUUAUAAUAACUUGGAAAAUUUUACUACUAAGAGUUACUGCGACAAUUUAUACAAGAACGAAAAUAUUGACCAAACUAGGUUCACCAAUAUGAAAGCAUUAUAUGAAUAUAAACAAGACCAUAAUAAAAUAAAACAACAUCUGAAGGAAACCCAAAAUUUAUGCACUACAAAAUAUCAACGUCACCUAACUAACAUUAAAUCAGCUUACGAAUUCUUGAGUACAAGUUGUCCAGAUAGUAGUCAAAAUGGACACUGUGGAACUUUCAAGAGAGAAUAUAAAAAACUUCUCGAUGGGGAUAAACUAUCAGAAUUAACAUGCCCCAUAGAUUCUGGGGAGAAACGUUCGGAGGAACCUGCACAUGUAUCAGUCGAAUUACAAACAGGGGAAGUAAAUUCCUCCAGUGGAACCACCCUUACCACUGCCAUAUCAUCCAUUUUCUCUGUCCUAGGAAUGGGAGUGGCGGCUGCUUCAUUCUUUUUAUAUAAGGAGGAGGUUCUAAGUAAGUUACCCUCAAGAGCAAUGUUCUACAAUAAGUUCGAAGAGGGUGAAGGUCGCUGCGAUAAUUAUGCCCCAAUCUCAGGAUUAAUGCAAACUCUGCAGAGCCACUUGAAAUAUGCAAAUACUGAUGAUAAGAUCAAGGGAGCAUGGUGCUACGAGUGGGGGGAAACAACGGAAAAGACCUUCUAUGAUACACUUUGCCACUUUUUAUAUUAUUGGAUAGGGGACUUAUUAUCAACUGCCCUGCAGCAGGAUGGUUUAUUCCCGGACAUUUUAAGUAUAAUUUGUUCAUCAUUAGAAAUGUCGUAUGGUCGGCAAGGGUGUAAUAUUAAUUGCAGCACUAUAGACAAAGAUACGUUCAAGAACAGAAAAAUAUUAUAUGAAUAUUUACAUGACCACGGUGCUAUACUAAGCGAAUUCAUGAUCAAAGGACCUACCGGUGUUCAAAAAUGUAACCGUUACUUUGAGAAAAUUAUUCCAGUAUAUGCGCAAUUGAAAGGGAAAUGUGGGCAGAAAACUUCUACUGGUACAUAUUGUGACAAAUUUACAGAAAUGUUUAAUGAUACUAAUGAUCCACAGCAGUUAAAAUCACAGUGUGAUGUGCUACAGGCAUCGGCACUUAUGGAACCUGUGGGACAACAGCACCUUCCCUCAGGAUCGCGACAAGUGGUAGACACUGACUCUGGAGCAUAUUCCACAGUAGAAACCACCAACACCCCUACCAUCACCACUGCAACCAUAUCCGGCACAGUUGCUACAAUUGGAGCAGCGGCGGCCCUUUCUUUCUUAACAUAUAAAGUAAGUACAUAA